GGCUAAGGAUUUGCAGGUCAUGAAUCUCCGUGGUUGUUGUAAUCUAACUGCUACACCUGAUUUCUGUGGGCAUCCAAAAUUGGAAAAACUGAUUCUUGAGCGUUGUUUAAAGCUGAAAGAGAUUCAUAAAUCAGUUGGGGAUCUUAGCAUGUUACGCCUUUUAAACCUGAAAGACUGCUGGAGUCUUGAGAAUUUGCCAAAUGAUAUCUCUGGGUUGAGAAAGCUUGAAACCCUUAUCCUCUCUGAAUGCUUGGAGCUGAAACAAUUACCAGAAGAUUUGAGGCCCAUGAGGUCUUUGACAGAGCUUUUGGUUGAUCAAACUGCCAUAGUAAAGCUACCUGAUUCUGUAUUCCAUCUCGAGAAACUUGAGAGGUUGAGUCUCAGAAAAUGUUUGUCACUGAAGCAACUACCACUUUCAACAGGAAAAUUGGUUUCUUUAAGAGAACUUCAUCUUGAUGGUUCUGCUUUGGAAGAACUACCUGAUUCCAUUGGAUCGUUGGAAAACCUGGAAAUUCUAAGUUUAACGAGUUGCAAAUCAGUCACUGCAAUUCCUGAUUCCAUUGGCAAUUUGACAUCAUUGUUGGAACUUUUUCUUAAUGGUAGUGCAAUCAAAGAACUGCCAGAUUCUGUUGGCUUUCUAUCUAAUUUGAAGCUCUUAUAUUUGAGUGGUUGUCAGUCUCUUUGCGAAUUGCCUGCUUCUAUCGGAGGAUUAAUGUCUAUGAUUGAACUUCAUCUGGACUUCACACCAAUCAGAGAACUACCAAUUCAGAUUGGAAAAUUGAACAUGCUUGGGAAGCUUCUGAUGAUUAACUGUACGGCACUUGCCUGUUUACCAGUUUCAAUUGGAUACAUGUCAAAUCUAACUACUUUGGUCCUAGAAAAUGGCAUUAUAAUGGAGUUGCCAGAGUCUAUCUGUUUAUUGCAGAAGCUUGAGGUAUUGAGGGUCGCAAAAUGUAGACAGCUUAGCCGACUUCCAGAAUCAAUCGGAAAACUAAAGAAUCUGCGCUGGCUCCAGAUGGAAGAAACUGGUGUAGCAGUACUACCUGAAGAAUUUGGGAGGCUUUCAAGUUUAAUGGUAUUGAAAAUGGGAAAAAAAAACCCGCAUCCUGAACUGUCCGAAAGCACUGAAUGUACCGAGUUGACUGCUCUCAAUCCAAAGGAUGGCUCCCAUAAGCUCCUUGUUCUUCCUACUUCUUUCUCAAAUCUCUCUUUAUUACGUGAACUUUAUGCUUCUUCCUGCAAAAUAUCUUGGAUUCCUGAUGAUUUUGAGAAGUUGGCAUCAUUAGAGAUCUUAAAUCUGGGUCACAAUAAUCUCUGCAGCCUUCCAUCCAGCCUAAGUGGUCUUUCUGUUCUCAAGAAACUGUAUUUAUCACAUUGUACAGAGCUCAAGUCUCUCCCUCUGCUUCCCUCAAGUUUGGUUCUUCUAGAUGUUACGAAUUGCACUUCACUGGAAAGUAUAUUUGGUCUGUCAAAUUUGGAGAAACUAGAGGAGCUGCACUUCACAAAUUGCAAGAAAGUAGUGGAUGUUCCAGGCCUUGAAUGCUUGAAGUCUUUAAGAAAUUUGUAUAUGAGUGGUUGUAGCAAAUGUCAUCCGGUCAUAAAGAGAAGAUUCUCGAAGGUUGCUUUAAAGCAUAUGCAAUCUUUAAGUUUCCCUGGAAGUGAAAUACCAGACUGGUUGGUUAAGGAGACACUCAGGUUUUCAAGCCGAAAGAACCAUAAGGUCAAAGCUGUGAUUAUAGCUGUUGUCAUCUCUCUUGACCAACAAUUACAAGAUGACAAUAGAAAUAAGUUUCCUGCUAUUGUAGACAUUCAAGCGAAUCUCCUUACAGAUGACGCGCAUGCGCCAAAACAGAGACACACGAUGAAAUUGCUAGGAGUUCCAAUGACUGAUGAGGAUCAAGUAUAUUUCUUCCGCUAUCAAAAUCAUCAACUAAUUUUGGGCCUGCAUGACGGCGAUAAAAUUCAGGUAACAGUGCGAAACACACCAUGGUUUAGAGGACUUGAAUUGAAGAAGUAUGGGAUCCAUCUGGUUUUUGAAGAUGAUGAUGACUAUGAUGGUGAUGAAGAAUCAUUGACUGAAAUCCAACAAUCCGUCUCUGAAAAACUGGCAAGGUUUUUCAGUUCCUUGUGAUAACUUUGCCAAACCUUUUGUUAUAAUGAAUUAGGAGUGGUGCAACAAUUGCAGCUUGAAAU